CUUCAUAACAAGCGUUAGAAAUUAUCUAGCCAAUUUGAAUUUGUUGGUGAAAAAUGGAUUGUAUUAGUACUUCAACAAGCAAUGGAACUUCCAUUAGAAAGUUCAUUAGAUGGAAAAGCUUCUUAUUAGCACGGAGACCUUUCGAGAUGAGUUCUUAUUUGAAACGAAAUCAACUGUUAUCGAAGGGUAUAAGAGUUCAUAAUUUCUCAAAGUCCAAUUUUCUCAUUUCUAUUUUUGUAGCACUGAUGGUCUCGAAAUUUUUAUUGGUACCUAUGCUUUCUCACUGUGGAGAAAUGUUUCGUUUGGUAUAUAAUUUGAUUACCGAUGCGAAGUCGUGCCAGUUACUAGUGUUUUUCGUAUUGAACGUGAUUAUCAUCGCUAUUAGCUUCAGUAAUUCUAAACCAUUUGAGGAGGAUCAAGAUAUCAGUAGUUUAAAUGAGCCUCACUCUAUGUCAGUGCAAAAUGAGAAAAAUGUUCAGAAACAAGAAGAAAAAAACGAUGUUGUUUAUGAAGAGAUCCUACUUACUGAGGAGCAUGAGGAGAUAACAACUCUACUCGAUAAUGUUGAAGAAGGUUAUGUCUCCGACUACGAGAAUGACAGUGAAAAUGGUGAUUGUAGUUGUGAUAGUUCUAGUUUUGGCGACAGCGACAAUGAAGAUUGCAGUGACGAUAGUUCUAACUUUUGCGACAAUGGCGAUGAUAACGAUGAUCUGAAUAUUCGGGCUGAAGAAUUUAUUGCCAGAAUUAAUGAAAGAUGGAGGGCUGAACGGUUGAGAGAAUACAAUUUAUACAUAGUUAACUAACACGAAACAACUCGAGGAAAAAAUAAAAUAGAUAGGCACAGUAAAUGGUACCAAAAACCAAAUAGUGAUUUUUUUCCUCCUAUGCAUGUUGCAAGUCUUUGUAGCCAUAUAUGUACGUAGCUUAGUAGUACAGCUUCUGUGUAAAAUGUUAUCAAAUAGUAUACCUUACU